CCGGCCGGGAACUUGGUGGAAAUCGCGGGUGUCGUCAUGAGGGCUCCGGCCGGCGGCGUUCCCCGUGCGCGGCAUCCGUGUGCGCCGUCCGCCCCAACCUUUGUGAGCCGCAGGCAGCGAUCGCACCGCGCUCCUCCGUGCUCUCUGGCGAGGCAGGAAGGGAAAAGGUACAAACGGGGCUGGCUGUGCUUUUCUGCAUCCUUUGGAGCCGUGUAAACAGCAGCCAAAUGGUGAAAUCGGUGCUGUGAGAAAGUUACUGAAAUCAUGAAUCCUGUGUAUAGCCCUGGAUCUUCUGGGGUUCCCUAUGCAAAUGCCAAAGGAAUUGGUUAUCCAGCUGGCUUCCCAAUGGGCUAUGCAGCGGCUGCUCCUGCCUACUCCCCCAACAUGUAUCCUGGAGCCAAUCCUACCUUCCAAACAGGCUACACGCCAGGCACCCCAUACAAAGUGUCCUGCUCACCCACCAGUGGGGCAGUGCCGCCGUACUCGUCAUCCCCCAAUCCCUACCAGACUGCUGUGUACCCAGUCCGAAGUGCCUACCCCCAGCAGAACCCAUAUGCACAGCAAGGCACUUACUACACACAGCCUUUGUAUGCAGCACCACCCCACGUAAUCCACCACACCACAGUCGUGCAGCCCAAUGGAAUGCCAGCAACCAUGUACCCUGCUCCGAUCCCGCCGCCCCGAGGGAACGGGGUCACCAUGGGCAUGGUGGCUGGGACCACCAUGGCAAUGUCAGCAGGUACUUUGUUGACAACUCAUUCUCCAACUCCAGUAGCCCCUCAUCCAGUUACUAUGCCCACGUAUCGGGCUCCGGGAACACCAACCUAUAGUUAUGUGCCCCCACAGUGGUGAUCAUCCUGGCAGUCAGUGUUUAAAGAUGGGAGAUAUGCAAUCAAGAAAUUGAGGUUUAAAAGUUGGUGCUGAAGCCCUCAUGCCUCCAACCAGGACUUUCCUUCUGAAUGCUUUCAACACUUGGCUAAACACUACUAAUUCCUGAUCACUGAAGAUUUUCCAGUGCUGCAUAUCUUACAUCUUGGAACUCCAGCAGUUAGUCUUAAAGCAAAUCCUGUUUUGUGGACUGUCUUGCAAUUUUUUAGCUAAUUAUAAUGAUAAAAAGGGAGUAUAAAUUUAUUCUGAUCCAUAUCUAGUUGAAUGCAUGUUAAAACACAAAAAACAAAGCUUGCUCAAUCUACCUGCAGUGACUGAUGCAAAAACCAUCAUAUGCAAAUCCAAAGGAACCGAAAAGUAUUUUACAACUUGUAUCACUAAUGCACUGUUGUAAUGUAUGCAGGGUCUGACAAGGUAGAAUCAUGAAAGUGAGUUUCUUUCUAGAAUACCAUAACUUCACAUUAGAUGAGUGCUUCAGCCUGUUUCAGGUUGAUGGAGUUGCCAGUUUAAAAGGGGCAUAUUUUUAAGUGAUGUGUUCUUUUCAAAUUCAACUAAUAAAUUGGAGUGACUGGAAAAUGAGUCAGACAAGCUGUAGACAUCCCGCACACCAUUAGUUUACUUCAUACCUUUUCAUUUUAAUUUUAUGGAAUCAGUGUUAUACAGAUGUUCUUAAGGAUCAGAAUGAAAUGACAGAGGUAGUGCUGUGUGUGCCAGUAAAUAAGGCAGAUUUCCUUGAGGCAAAACUGGCUCUUAGGAAUAGUAGGAGGUGAUAUCACCUGCAGAAUGAAUUGCAUGUCCUGGGGAGAUUUCUAUCCAGUACUAUCUUUCAGAUAAUGCAAGAUGUGUCAAAGUGAGACUGCCACACAGACUGAUAGAAAAACACUUCCUUUUAGUUCUCAGUUGAGCAAAUUCGUGCUGUUUUUCCUAAAGAAUGUUGUAGUCAGUUGAAAAUGUAUGUGCAGUUGAUCCAGCUUGCUUUCCAGAAACUUAAGAAGUGCAAGGGCUUUCUGCAACAGAGUUCAGCUGCAUGUUUUUCUGAGGAAAGCUUGUGUGCCUGAUGAGUGUGUUAAAGGGGAACAAAUCAUUUUAACACAAUUUCCUUAUUAUCUAUUUGCAGUAUGGACUAUGGAUACUCUGUAGUAGGGCUGCCAGAAUAUAGAGGGAUUAAAUAGCAGUUUCAUUUUGGUUUUUUUUUCAUGAAAAUAUUUGUAAUUGAAGUAGGAGUCAUUUGUUGGUUACAGCCUUUUGAUGUGUUUUCUUAGUAUUUUCUUUUUUUUAACUUCCUAAAUUGCACUUGGAAGCACGCAAAAUAAGACUCGACUGCAGAUUAGCAUUUCAUUGCAAUGAGUCAUUUGUGAUAUUCUUUCUUGCAACUUCAAUUUUUAAAGUACCUCAAAGCAAAUGCUGUGGGGAUAAAGGGCUAGCCUUGGAACCCAUUUGUAUACCAAAAUUGUUAUGGGAGAGAUUUUAAAUUUUUAAAUUUGAAUAUUGCACAUUAAAACAGAGGUUCUUCUUAAACCUGCUUGAUUUACAAUUCCAGAAAGAUGCAAUUUUUUUUAUACAUUCUGCCUGCAAUAAAUUAUGCAGUAAAUGGAUCUAAAAUGUUGUUCCCUUUUAAGCAUUUACACAGAGGUAUAUCAGGCUGUCUUGUUCUCAUAGGUUAACUUCCAUUCAGAAUUAAAUUUUUUGAAGUUGUGUAUCUUAGUUAUGCUUUGUUUUGGGGUGUUCUGCUCCUGUACAGGUUUGGCAGCUGAUUUGGGGUAGCAUCAGAGCUGAUUUAGUGCUGCCAUCCCAGUACUCUGCCCUGGUGAGAGGCUUGUGUACCUUCAUACCCCAUUGGUGGUUAGAGCCUUCAGUAACUUUAUUUUUUACAGUAAGCACUCUCUGUAUUUUGUACCCUUUUUUUUUU